GGGCGGGGGUUCCCCAGGGCAGCAGCAGCGACCAGAGCCCCCGCGGCUGGCAGCCAGGGCAGUACAGGGCAGGGCGGGAGGAGGCUGAUUUACAAGGCAGAUGGGCCUCUGGCUCGCGCUUUCAGCCCUGCACCCAGCCCCGGCCACCCCAGGGGCUAUAAGAGCACCCAGACUUCCGGACAGACCUGGGGCGGGUACCAUGUGAGCCUGGCCUGGCUGCCCGUCCUGCCGCCCGCUCUCUUUCCUCCGCCUCCCGCACGCCUGAGUCUGCAUUGCCCGGCCGGCGAUCACGCGUGGAACCAUGUCUCUACUCAACCCUGUCCUGCUGCCCCCGCAGGUGAAGGCCUAUCUAAGCCAAGGCGAGCGCUUCAUCAAAUGGGACGAUGAAACCGCCUUGGCCUCCCCCGUUAUCCUCCGUGUGGAUCCCAAGGGUUACUACUUGUACUGGACAUAUCAGAGUAAGGAGAUGGAGUUUCUGGAUGUCACCAGCAUCCGGGAUACCCGCUUUGGGAAGUUUGCCAAGAUGCCUAAGAGCCAGAAGCUCCGUGAAGUCUUCAACAUGGACUUCCCCGACAACCACUUCCUGCUGAAGACCCUCACCGUGGUGUCCGGCCCCGACAUGGUGGACCUCACCUUCCACAACUUCGUCUCCUACAAGGAGAACGUGGGCAAGGACUGGGCUGAGGAUGUCCUGGCCCUGGCCAAGCACCCGCUGACAGCCAACGCCCCCCGCAGCACCUUCCUGGACAAGAUCCUGGUGAAGCUCAAGAUGCAGCUCAACCCUGAAGGGAAGAUCCCUGUGAAGAAUUUUUUCCAGAUGUUUCCUGCUGACCGCAAGCGGGUGGAAGCUGCUCUGGGUGCCUGCCACCUCCCGAAAGGCAAGAACGACGCCAUCAAUCCUGAGGACUUCCCAGAAUCCGUGUACAAGAGCUUCCUCAUGAGCCUGUGUCCUCGGCCAGAAAUAGACGAGAUCUUCACUUCCUACCACGCUAAGGCCAAACCAUACAUGACCAAGGAGCACCUGACCAAGUUCAUCAACCAGAAACAGCGGGACCCACGGCUAAACUCCCUGCUGUUCCCACCCGCGCGGCCCGAGCAGGUGCAAGGCCUCAUCGAAAAGUAUGAGCCCAGCGGGAUCAAUGUGCAGAGGGGCCAGCUGUCCCCCGAGGGCAUGGUCUGGUUUCUCUGCGGGCCAGAGAACAGUGUGCUGGCCCAGGACAAGCUGCUGCUCCACCACGACAUGACGCAGCCCCUGAAUCAUUACUUCAUCAACUCCUCGCACAACACCUACCUGACGGCCGGUCAGUUCUCAGGCCUGUCCUCGGCUGAGAUGUACCGCCAGGUGCUGCUGUCCGGCUGCCGCUGUGUGGAGCUGGACUGCUGGAAGGGGAAGCCCCCCGACGAGGAGCCCAUUAUCACCCAUGGUUUCACCAUGACCACAGACAUCUUCUUCAAGGAAGCAAUUGAAGCCAUCGCAGAGAGCGCCUUUAAGACAUCCCCCUAUCCUGUCAUCCUGUCGUUUGAGAACCACGUGGACUCGUGCGUACCCAGGCCCAUGUGGCCUGACUCUCGACCCGGCCCCAGUCUCCUGCCUACGGCAGCCCUCUCCCAAGCUGCCCCCAGCCACCCUCUGCAGCUCCUUGAGAUACCAAGUACACCUGCCUCCCUCACCUCCUGGACCCCUGGCUGGCGGUCAAGGGCAGAAACGGAUGGACAAGAGGGUUGCAGCCGAGCGCUGACCCCCACUCCCUCUCGCGCUCCCUACAGACCCCGCCAGCAGGCGAAGAUGGCCGAGUACUGCCGGGCGAUGUUCGGGGACAUGCUGCUCACUGAGCCCCUGGAGAAGUUCCCUCUGAAACCAGGCAUCCCUCUGCCCAGCCCUGAGGAUCUGCGGGGCAAGAUACUCAUUAAGAACAAGAAGAACCAGUUUGCUGCCACAGCAGUGCCCAGCGAAGAGCCUGGUGGGGAGGCCGAGGGCAGCUGCCCACCCAGUGCUCCCGGUGGUGAGGACACAGUGUGGAUGGGAGAGGCGGCACCUGAGCUGGAAGAGGAGGAGGUGGAGGAGGAAGAGGAGGUGUCAUCGGGAAACCUGGACGAAGAAGAGAUAAAGAAGAUGCAGUCGGAUGAGGGCACAGCAGGCCUGGAGGUGACAGCCUACGAGGAAAUGUCCAGCCUGGUCAAUUACAUCCAGCCCACCAAGUUCAUCUCCUUCGAGUUCUCUGCCCAGAAGAACCGCAGCUAUGUCAUCUCCUCCUUCACCGAGCUCAAGGCUUAUGACCUGCUCUCCAAGGCCUCCGUGCAGUUUGUGGAAUACAACAAGCGCCAGAUGAGCCGCAUUUACCCCAAGGGCACCCGCAUGGACUCCUCCAACUACAUGCCCCAGAUGUUCUGGAACGCCGGCUGCCAGAUGGUCGCCCUCAACUUCCAGACUAUGGACCUGCCCAUGCAGCAGAACAUGGCGCUGUUUGAGUUCAACGGGCAGAGCGGCUACCUCCUCAAGCACGAGUUCAUGCGCCGGCCGGACAAGCAGUUCAAUCCCUUCUCAGUGGACCGCAUCGACGUGGUGGUAGCCACCACCCUCGCCAUUACGGUGAUCUCGGGGCAGUUCCUGUCGGAACGCAGCGUGCGCACCUAUGUGGAAGUGGAGUUGUUUGGCCUUCCCGGGGACCCCAAGAGGCGCUAUCGCACCAAGCUGUCCCCUAAUACCAACUCCAUCAAUCCUGUGUGGAAGGAGGAGCCCUUCGUCUUUGAGAAGAUAUUGGUGCCCGAGCUGGCCUCCCUCCGGGUGGCUGUGAUGGAGGAAGGCAGCAAGUUUCUCGGACACCGCAUCAUACCCAUCAACGCCCUAAAUGCUGGAUACCACCACCUGUGCCUGCACAGCGAGAGCAACAUGCCCCUCACCAUGCCGGCGCUCUUCGUCUUCCUGGAGAUGAAAGACUACGUCCCUGACGCCUGGGCAGAUCUCACUGUGGCCCUCGCCAACCCCAUCAAGUUCUUCAACGCCCACGACAAGAAGUCUUUGAAGCUCAAGGAGGCCACAGGUGGUGUGACUGAGACUGCUUCUGUGCAGAAACCCUUCUCAUCUGGGAGCCCAGCUGUUGGCCAGGUCAAUGGGGCAUCAGCCCCCACCAACAACGGGUCAGCAGAGCCGCACACGGCCAGCCUGGAAGAGCUGCGGGAACUGAAGAGCGUCGUGAAGCUGCAGCGGCGGCAGGAGAAGGAGCUGCGGGAGCUGCAGCGGCGCGGUGCCCGGCGCUGGGAAGAGCUGCUGCAGCGGGGCGCGGCGCAGCUGGCAGAGCUGGGCCCGCUGAGCGCCGGGGGCUGCGGGGUCUGGAAGCUCGGCCCGGGCAAGGGUUCCCGCAAGAAGAGGACGCUGACCGGCGAGGAGGCCCCCGGCACAGUGCUGGCGGAGGGCGAGGGCGCGGACACGCUCGUGCGGGAGCUGAAGGACCGGCUGCGGCUGGAGCUACAGCGACAGGGCGAGGAGCAGUGCCAGUGCGUCCUGUCGCGCAGGGAGCAGCACGCGGCCGAGCAAGUCGCCAAGAUGAUGGAGCUGGCCCGAGAGAAACACGCGGCCGAGCUGAAGACCCUCAGGGAGUCCUCGGAGAAUGACACCAAAGAGAUGAAGAAAAAGCUGGAGGCCAAGAGGCUGGAGCGGAUCCAGGCCAUGACCAGAGUCACCACAGACAAGAUGGCCCAGGAAAGGUUAAAGAGAGAGAUCAACAACUCCCACAUCCAGGAAGUGGUACAGGUCGUCAAACAGAUGACAGAGAACCUGGAGCGGUACCAGGAGAAGCUGGAGGAAAAGCAGGCCGCCUGCCUGGAACAGAUCCGGGACAUGGAGAAGCAGUUCCAGCAGGAGGCACUGGCUGAGUACGAGGCCAAGAUGAAGGGCCUGGAGGCCGAGGUGAAGGAGCUGGUGAGGACCUGUGCCCUCCCCGAGGCUGGGGACCAGCCUGGCAAGGAGCCCAGUGACCGGGAUCCACUCCCAGCCACGGAGGACGCAGAGGAGAGCCGCCUCUGAUGCCCACCGCGAGGACGCUCAGGCCCUUCCCUGGGAUGCGGCUCCAUCCCCCGAGGAGCACAGGGCCCUGGCACUCCAGGCCGGAGAAGGAGCAAGGAUACGGGCAGGGGCCUCUCUGGGGCCAAGCUGAGUCCGUACCCCCAUCCCUCUGCCCGCCUCUAGAGGAGCAUCAUACUGUGGUUGGGGGCAGGAGGACCUGGGCUGGGAGGAAGAAAACGGGGUGCUGGCCCCACUUUGCCUGUCCUCAUGCCCACCCUUUCCCCCCUGCAACUUCCCCUCUAGCACUGUGAUUCAGGCAGGACCAAAUCCCAAACCUGCCUGCCCCACCAUGGGCAGCUCACCCCUGCUGCCAAGCCCCAGCUCAGGCCUGCUCAGAGCCCACCUCCUGGUCAGCUCCUUGAGGCAGAGUCGGGUGCUAUUCCCAAGCUCCCAGGGGAUGGCUCCCCCCACCCCCAACCAGAAUCACAGGCUGAGGGUCUUUCCUGCCUGUGGGGGAUGGGAGGCCAGCAGGGAAAAGCCGGCUGGGCUGAGUGGCCCAAGGGCAGCAGAGACUGGAGGGCUGUGGCCUUUCAGGCCCUCGACCCACCCGGAGGCCUAGGUCUGGGGUGGGUACUUGCCGGCAUGCACCCUACUCGGGCUGCCUGACAAGGGUACCAUCAUUUUCCCUUCUGAACUUACAAGGUUUAUUUAUUUUUGUCCUUCCUACCCUACUAAAGAGCCCUGUCCCGA